UUUUAUCUACUAUCUUUUAUUUCCCCCCCUCUUCUCCUAGAUAUAUAUGCUUUAUUUUUUUAUUCUUUUACUUUUUUUUUCUCUGAAACAAGGAAGGCCAAGGAAAAAGAAAUUAAUGCAACGGUUCCCCGCCAAACACCGCGUUAGUUAACGACGCCCAUAAUUGUAAUCCACCGCAUACCAAUCGAACACAUUGGCGAUCCCUACAAUGGUGGUGAAGACGACGGCGAAUGACGUGGCCACCGAGAAGAGGACGUGCGUCGUUCUCGGAGGCCGAGGAUUCUUAGGGAGAUCGCUCGUUGCCAGGCUGCUGCAACUCGGAGGUUGGAUCGUCCGAGUCGCCGAUUCAUCUUCUCACUCGCUGCUCACCGAUCCUUCCGUUUCCGACUCUCUCCUCUCCAAUGCUCUUUGCUCAGGUCAAGCCUCCUUUUGCCAUGUCGACGUUCGCGACACAUCUCAAAUCAUUAUAGUAACUAAAGGUGCAGAUGUUGUAUUUUACAUGGAACCAACUGAUUUAGACAUACGUGAUUUCUAUAAUUGUUACAUGAUCAUAGUUCAAGGUGCAAAAAAUGUCAUUAAUGCAUGCCGGGAAUGUAAAGUUAGACGACUUGUAUACAACAGUUCUGCAGAUAUUGUUUUUGAUGGAUCACGGGAUAUAAUUGAUGGUGAUUUGUCUUUCAUUUGCCCGGGGAAAUUUAAGGAUAUGCUGAUUGACCUUAAGUUUCAAGCGGAAGGACUAAUCAGGUUAGCAAACAAUAUUGAUGGUCUUCUAACAUGUGUACUUCGGCCUAGCAAUGUCUUUGGACCAGGUGAUACACGGUUUGUGCCUUUGCUAGUGAAUCUAGCCAAAGCUGGUUUGGCAAAGUUUAUUACAGGAUGCGGUGAAAAUAUGUCUGACUUUACCUAUACGGAGAAUGUUGCUCAUGCUCAUAUCUGUGCUGCAGAAACUCUAGAUUCUCGGGUGGUAUCUGUGGCUGGAAAGGCUUUUUUCAUCACAAAUCUCGAGCCGAUAAUGUUCUGGGAAUUUGUGUCUCUCAUACUUGGAGGCUUAGGGUAUCAAAGACCUUACAUAAAGGUUCCUACUUGGAUGGUUUCAUGUAUUGUCUCACUUCAUCAAUGUAGAAAUGACAAAUUGUACAAUUACAGCGUAUCACCUCACUACAUGCUUCAACUAGCUUCACGCACCAGAACUUUUGACUGCUCUGCAGCUCAAAAUCAUCUUGGAUACUCACCUGUUGUCUCCAUGAAGGAUGGUAUCAAGUUAACGAUUCAAUCAUUCUCUCAUUUAGCCAAUGACUCAUUUUACACGAAAUACGGAAAUUUUAAUGAACAAUCCAAAGCAGAGAAGAUGCUGGGCAGCGGGAUAGUUGCAGACAUCUUGCUGUGGAGAGAUGAAAGGAGAACAUUUGCAUGCUUCUUUACUCUGGUUUUGGUAUAUUGCUGGUUCUUUCUCUGUGGAAGAACUUUUGCAUCAUCUUUUGCCGACCUUCUGCUUCUAGUUAUAGUCGCUCUUUAUGGACAUGGCAUUUUAUCAUCAAAGAUAUGUGGUUUUGCUGUUCAAGAGAUACCUUCGUCUCGUUUCAAAGUCACAGAAUCAGAAGCUCAACAGGCAAUGACAUCCAUAGCACAUACAUGGAAUAAAGGAGUACGUAGAAUCAAAUCGUUGGCGAAGGGAGAGGAUUGGAGCAAGUUUUUCAGGGUUGUGAUUUCCAUUUAUCUCUUCAAGUCGAUUCAGGCUUAUUCCGUGGCUGUGCUGUUUGGCAGCGUACUGGUUUUUGCCUUCACUGCAUUUUUUGUUUAUGAUCAAUAUGAAGCAGAGAUUGAUGCAUUAAGGAUUCUUAUCUUUUGUGGUAUGGUGGAGUUAAAAGGAUUGUUAUUAAGGAAACUACCAGCUUCCAUCUCGUCAUUUUCUCAACACGACAAUGUAUUACAUCAAGAAAAAGUUCCCGCUCGAGUAAAGGAGUGGAAAUAGCCGGAUCAUGCUCUGGUAGUUUUUUAGUUCCAUCACUGACUUGCAUCAAACCUAUAUUGCUCAGAUAUAGGCAUGAGUGUAUGCGCCCGGCGUGGGUAUGUUUAAUUUUUUUCUAAAUUUAUUCAUGUAUUUGGAAGGUUCUUGAAGGAUCAUAUGUAGUAUCGGGUCAUAGAAAUUAUUUUCCUAGAGAAGUAGUCAUAGGUGCACGUAAAGUCUGUCACUUCUAAGUAAUGGUUCAUUUUAAAGCGAGUCAGGGAUACAUGCACAUACGUAUCUGCAUCGGUAACACAUACUGAGUGUACUAGAAAAAAUACCUUUUUUUAAGGUAGAAAGAUACUUAAAACAUUUGUUUUUCGAUAUUUCAUAUUAAAAGCUUAAAGUUA